AUGUCGCCCGGUUUGGAAGAAUUGUUCUUUGAACCUGUCGGAGAAGAGAAGAGGUCAAAGUGGAACCAAGUUGGCCCAAACAGAGGUUCGUAUAUACAGAUCGAAACGUUUCAGAAUGUAGGACCGGGUGCAGGCAACUUCGACAAAGGUCCUGGCGGAGACUUCCACAGUGUUCCGGAGGGCCUAGGUGCUUUCAGGCAGAUCCAGACAUAUCAGCACGUCGGGCCAGGCCUUGGUGAUUUUGACAAGGAAAAUGUGACUUCCUACUCAGAAUGGAAGCUGCGAACGAGGUGCUUGCUGGUCAUGCUGCUUUUGCUGCUCGUCCUGGUGGCCGUGGUCUCGUACCUUCUCUUGCGGAAGAACGGUGCCGACAUCAGUGGAGGGCCUCAUGCUCAGGAUUUCCACGGCCACGACAUUCACAGCUUGGAAACUGUCUAUAAUUGCGAUGCAGGUUAUGCCGAAUGGCAAACCAGCUGGAGUGAAUCAAAGAAAGCCUUCUGCUGCAGAAGUAUCGGAGUUGCAUGCGACCAGGCGGCAUAUGACUGUGAUGCAGCCUACAGCCAGUGGGAGAGCAUGUGGUCUUCGGACAAGAAGGAGUACUGCUGUGAUCAAACUGGUCGCGGCUGCAGUCCAGUGUCCAAGGAACCAUAUGACUGCCAAGUUGGGCUGGCACACUGGCAAUCAGACUGGACAAAGGGAAAGCAGCUUUGGUGUUGUAGCACACAUGCACUUGGCUGUCCAGACUACGGCUACAGCUUAAGCUUCAACUGCGACGUCGGCUUUGCAAGAUGGGAGACGGACUGGUCCUGGACAAAGAAGCACUGGUGCUGUGCUCACGAGCAGAAAGGCUGUCAGGUUCCCUUCAACUGCCAAGCAGGUCUCGCAAGUUGGAGGUCAGGCUGGUCUUAUUCCAAGCAGAAAUGGUGCUGCAGUCACGAACACGUAGGCUGUUUAUCAUCAGAACCUUUUGAUUGCCAAGCCUCUGCAGACCAGCAUGGAUGGUCCGAGCCUAAGAAGCACUACUGCUGUGCUUCUCAUUCGCUGGGCUGUGAGACGACGACUUCCCCCGCCACGUCCUUGCCCUUCGACUGCUCGGCAGGAUUCAGUAACUGGCAGCACGGCUGGUCUUAUGCAAAGAGACUGUGGUGCUGCCACCACGACCAUAGAGGCUGCGCAGAGCCAACAACAGAAAGUUCUACAACUACCACUCCGGCAACCACUUCACCCGUACCAACCCUUCCGUUCAAUUGUCACGCCGGCACGGCAAAUCUGGAUGAGGGAUGGUCUCCGAAGAAAAAGAGCUGGUGUUGUGCCCACCAGCACCUUGGCUGUCCGGUAUCCUUUGACUGCGAUGCUGCCCUGGCCAACUUCUAUUCUGCAUGGUCGGACAGAAAGAAGACUUGGUGCUGUCACCAGGAGGGCAAAGGCUGCAUGGGGCAGCAUCAACCGCAUCUGCAGCCAAGAGAGGGCUACAGGUGGAAGCACGACGAGGCACGGCAUCGUUAUGUGUUUGGCUUCACGUGUGACAUGGACACUUUGGACAAUGAAGUGUUGAGUGUACACCUAAUGAAGAUGCCCAACAGAGACCCAGAAGACAUGGCUGAUGGAAAGGACCAGGUGCAUGGCUACUGGACCUGGGUCCAAGCACCUAUGCAUGUACAUCAGGAGCACCUGCACAAGGAGCACCUGCAUCAAGAUCACGUGCACGAGCAACAACACCCUGUCCACUACAAUUGCCAUGCCGGGUUCCACAAUUUCGUCGGUGCCUGGAAAGCUGAUAAACAGCGCUGGUGCUGUGAUCACCAGGGCAUUGCGUGCACAGGUCCGAAUCCACCGGCUGUGCACCUCCAGUCAGGGAACACUUGGGUUCAUGUGAAAGUUGAGGGUGUCUGGACGUGGAGGCAGGUGCCUCGUUCCGAGGGGGUUCCUUUCGUUGUUGAUUGCAGCACGGGACUAGAUCGUUCCGCCAGCUGGGUGCCAAAGAGAAAAGCAUAUUGCUGCACGCAUGAAGGCAAGGCAUGCAACUAG